CGUCUCGGUUCGCGCCGGGCUUAGCGGCAGACUUAGCGUCUUCGGCUAAGCAUAACAAGACUCAUGGCAUGUUGGAUUGAUCUUUCGUCUAUGUUUGCCAAGUCAGGAAGCCCAACAAUCAAGCUUACGUAUACGUGUAAGCACGACCAACUUUGGGGUUCCAAUCCCGCCUCCUACAUACCUUCUCUCACACCUAAUUAGUCGAUUUCCAGGAAUACCAGCACCUACAACAAUCGGGAGUGGCAGUCUUCGUGCUGCUUUCUACACCAUCCCUCUCGUCUUUUCCGCACCCGAAUCGACUUUUGCACAACGAUGAUCUCGAGUGAGCCGGAGAGGCAGGCACCGCUGCCAAAUGAGAAGUCGGUGAACACGGGACCAGUCUUGGUGCCCGACUCUGCCUCACUUAGUGAAGAGCAGCAUGAUAGCAAUGAGAAUCUACCCCCUCGAGACAGUGGAAGAGCAGCUUGGACGAGUCUCAUUGCUAUCUCCGUCAUUGCAAUGGCAACCUGGGGCUUCGGAGCCACUCAGGGUGUAUUUCGAGAAUACUACUUCAAGACUCCUCCUCUACAAGGGAAUCAAUUAGUCGCUUCUACAGGCCUGUUAGUGGUGGGCCUUUUGCAAACUCUGCCGCCGUUUCUACUCAAGAUCAUCACAGCCUACCCUCACUAUAGACGCUACAUGAUGUGGAGUGGUAUGGUGCUAGUGGUAGCAUCUUCAAUUGGCGCUGCUUUCUCGACUACUGCUGUGCAGGUCAUCAUGACACAAGGGCUCAUGUAUGGAUUCUCGAGCGGCCUUCUCUUCGCACCUUGCUUAAGCUUCGUGGACGAGUGGUUCCUCAAGCGUCGUGGUCUUGCCAACGGCAUAUUUUUCGGAGCCCCUAACAUCGCGGCUGCCGGUCUUUCUCCAAUAUUUUCCGUUCUGCUGAAGCGCUUCGGGCCUCGUACAACCCUGAUUGGAUGGGCCGUGUUUACAGCAGUGAUCAUAUCACUUGGCAUUAUCUUCGUUUGCCCUCGACGUACAAGUAAAUCAGAAAUGGAGGCUGCAGCUCGACAAUCAUCGUCAACUACUAGAGUGUUCAGAAAGCCAGUGUUUUGGCUCUUUGUUCUUUCCAUGACGCUGCAAAGUCUGGCAAACAAUUUACCGGCAAACUACCUGCCCAGUUACGCCACGGACCUGGGUGUCUCGCCGGAGAAAGGCGCCUUGUUGGUCACAUUCCUGUCGCUGUUUGGGAUCAUCGGUCAAAUCUCACUGGGAGCCUUGACAGAUGCGAUCGGACCUUUGAUACCCAUGCUGCUAAGCACCCUCGUCAGCAGCUUUGCGGUCUUCGUUGUAUGGGGAUUGGGUAGAUACUACUGGAAUAUGGUGAUCACUUCGAUCUUAUUUGGGGCAUUUGCCUUUAGCUUCAUGGUUCUACGAAGCCACAUGGCGGCAAUUGCGGUCGAUGAUCCUGAGCGGCCGGCCGAGGAACUCUUCGUAUCCGGCAUCCUCCUAUUUACCAGAGGUGUUAUAGGUGUGGCGUCAGGCUACAUAGCUGCGGCUGUUCUUCAAAACAGCGAGAGUAUUGGAGUACAGCCUGGGUACGGUGCUGGAAAGUGGCGAUCAUUCAUCAUUCUCCUAGGGACGACAAUGACCGCAGCUACCCUAGGAGCCUUUGGUCUAUUAAAAAAACGGAAGACAGCUUGAAAACUUGUAAUUUCCUCCCCAACGAUCAGUAUAUCAGAUCAAUUCAAGCAUCAGUAGAUAUACUUGAAAGUGGAAUUUGAAGCCUGCCUUUGCAAUGGGUGCUCAUAG